CAGCAGCUCUCGGGAGGAGCCUGUCCACCGUGAGACAGCAUAUUCAGCCGGCGGCGGCGGUCCUGCCGCAGCGGCGGGCGGCACGGCUCAGCUCGGCUCGGCUCGGCUCGGCUUAGCUCGGCAGGGCGCAGCUACUGGCAGCAGCCCUUCAGUCAGCGAAGCAUCCCUCUGCUCCCCCGGCGGCGAGGGCUCGGUGAGGGCUGCAAGGCGCCGGGAGCCUCUCCGCAUCUCCCGGGCGCCGGCGGAGAAGAGUCAAAAUGUCAGACAAAAGUGAUUUAAAAGCAGAACUUGAGCGCAAAAAACAACGUUUGGCUCAGAUAAGAGAAGAAAAGAAACGGAAGGAGGAAGAAAGGAAGAAAAAAGAGGCUGAUCUACAGCAGAAGAAGGAGCCAGCUCAGGAAGAUUCUGACCUAGACCGUAAAAGAAGAGAGACAGAAGCUUUGUUACAGAGCAUUGGUAUAUCCCCAGAACCACCUCUAGUCCCAACCCCUAUGUCUCCCUCUUCGAAAUCAGUGAGCACACCCAGUGACGCAGGCAGCCAGGACUCAGGGGAUCUGGGACCCAUAGGAAGGACCUUGCAAUGGGACACAGACCCCUCAGUGCUGCAACUCCAGUCUGACUCUGAACUUGGACGCAGACUGCACAAACUAGGGGUGUCAAAGAUUACCCAGGUGGAUUUCUUACCUCGGGAGGUGGUAUCAUACUCCAAGGAGACACAGACACCUCUGGCCACACAUCAAUCUGAAGAGGAUGAAGAUGAUGAAGAGAUGGUUGAGCCAAAAACACAGGAUGACUUAGAGACAGAAAAUCAAGACCAGAAGCAGGAAGUGAAAGAAGCUCCUCCUAGAGAACUGACAGAAGAAGAAAAGCAACAAGUUCUCCAUUCAGAAGAAUUCCUGAUAUUUUUUGACCGCACAAUACGUGUAAUUGAGCGAGCUUUGGCUGAAGAUUCUGACAUCUUCUUUGACUAUAGUGGUGGAGAUGUAGAAGAGAAAGAUGGAGAUGUUCAGGCAGGAGCCAACCUUUCCUUUAACCGGCAAUUUUAUGAUGAGCACUGGUCAAAGCAUCGCGUUGUCACCUGCAUGGAUUGGUCUCUUCAGUACCCCGAAUUGAUGGUUGCAUCUUAUAACAAUAAUGAAGAUGCUCCACAUGAGCCUGAUGGGGUAGCCUUGGUGUGGAACAUGAAGUUCAAGAAAACUACACCAGAAUAUGUGUUCCAUUGUCAGUCCUCCGUGAUGUCAGUCUGUUUUGCCCGCUUUCACCCAAACCUGGUGGUCGGUGGAACAUACUCUGGCCAGAUUGUCCUGUGGGAUAACCGCAGUCACAGGCGCACUCCAGUCCAGAGAACUCCCCUGUCUGCUGCUGCUCACACGCAUCCUGUGUAUUGUGUGAAUGUAGUUGGAACACAGAAUGCACACAAUCUUAUUACUGUCUCUACGGAUGGCAAAAUGUGCUCCUGGAGCCUGGACAUGCUCUCAACUCCACAGGAGAGCAUGGAGCUGGUAUACAACAAGUCCAAACCAGUGGCGGUCACAGGAAUGGCUUUCCCAACUGGAGAUGUCAAUAACUUUGUCGUGGGCAGUGAAGAGGGAACAGUCUACACAGCCUGUCGUCAUGGAAGUAAAGCUGGCAUUGGUGAAAUUUUUGAAGGCCACCAAGGACCUGUCACAGGAAUCAAUUGUCACAUGGCAGUGGGUCCAAUAGACUUUUCCCAUCUCUUUGUCACAUCAUCAUUUGACUGGACAGUGAAAUUGUGGACCACAAAGCACAACAAGCCGCUCUACUCCUUUGAAGACAAUGCCGACUAUGUCUACGAUGUCAUGUGGUCGCCAGUGCAUCCCGCGCUCUUCGCCUGCGUGGACGGGAUGGGGCGCCUGGAUCUGUGGAACCUGAAUAACGACACCGAGGUUCCCACAGCCAGUGUCACCAUAGAAGGAGCAUCUGCCCUCAACCGUGUGCGCUGGGCCCAGGCUGGGAAGGAGGUCGCAGUUGGUGACUCAGAGGGCCGCAUUUGGGUCUAUGAUGUUGGAGAGCUGGCUGUUCCACACAACGACGAGUGGACGCGCUUUGCCCGGACCCUGGUGGAGAUCCGCGCCAACCGAGCCGACAGCGAAGAAGAGGGGGCGGUGGAGCUCUCGGCAUAGAGGGAGAGGAGCAGCGCCCGCCAGAACAGCAGCUUCCCCCACGGAGUGCUCCAGUGUUCAGUGUCAGAGUCAGUCCUGCUGUGGCUUUUGAUGCCAGUGUACAUGCCAGUAUUGCUCAAAGCAUUCCAUAUUAAUCACACUGCUUUACACAAGGCUGAAAAUAUCCAGAGCGUUUUCAUACUUUAUAUUUCUGUCUGAAAAGUAAGAAAGAAAAGACAAAUCAACCCUUUAUGGGUUUAGUUGUUGCCUUUUAACUACUUAGUAGCUGUAUUUAAUAGCUAGGAACCCCUGGUUAAACUUGUGCUCACAUUGCCCUUCUGGCAUAGUCCUAUUAAAUCCAUAUGAAGCCAGAUAUGAUUGUGUGCAGAUGUGGUGUGCUUCACUGUAUGGGACUGGGCCAAAGACUUUAGAUGUGGUGUAUCACAUGGUGACUUACAUUAUGAAUGGAUGUACUAUACGAAAGUUGCUGCUCCUUAUUUAUUGCGGUGUGCUGCAUGGAACAUAUUUAUUUGAAAGCAUUAAAAUAAACGAUCCUAAAGCAUGUGCAUAA